AAAAAGAUUCCCAUCACCAGCUUCAAUUUGAUUUCUACUUCGCAAUGUUUUUGCAUUGCCAAUAGUCAACAAAAAUUAUAAAAUGAGCGAAAUAGACUCUUUGUGGGGGGAUGUGUUGAAAAUAUUUCCAGUUCUUGGAGGCCUGAACACGGUCCCGGCGGAAUCAGUGGACGAGAAGGUAUACGAGAAUGUUCGCCGGCAUCUUUCUAUCUUAGGAAGUGUUGAAACCUUCGCAGCUGUGGUAGAUCUGGAGAUUCAGUCGGUCAUUCGUAAUGUCCUUGUGCCCAAGUUUUGGAAGCACUUUCAAUCUGGCGUUGUGUCCUCGGAUCAAAGUGGCAUCGACGACCAAGCAUUGUCCAUAGCUUUGCCUGACAAAAACAGGCUUUUCACGCAGUUCAUCGAUGCCAUUAAUGAGCUUUACGAAGGGUUUCAGGGACUGUCGCAGACCAAGCCCCGAUUGAUCCAACUCAUUGGAUCGGAGGACAAGGUGCCAAAGUCUGUAAAGAUGCUUCAAGUUGAUGGCAUAAAGACCUGUCUUAGAGAUUCUCUGCUGGCCCAGUUGCCUCCCACGUUCAGCGUGGUGGUGGGGGCUUUUUACUGGGUACAUUUCAAGCUCUUCACCAAAUCCUCGCAUCUCGCCCUGGCUACAGUUGACUCGGAUGUUUUCGAUGAGCUCCUUUGCAUUGGUUGCAAUUUUGAUAUAGAGCAGUGUUGUUGCCAGAAGCUGACCGAAAUGGUAAACCAAACCAACAUGAAGCUGUUCGAGAUGAACCUCAUUGAUCGUUUAACCGGAAGCGCAUUAACUGCACUGAUUAAGCUAAAAAUCAAGGAGCAUAUUAACGACACAUGUAUGGGUAUCUUUGACAGGAGCCACCUUAAACAGCUUGAAACGUGGUUGUCAGAGGUCAUUAUGACGUGGCUGACAAAUAUUUUCACACAGUGGAAGUCUAAAGACAGUAUUCAAGAUGAAGAAGUUCCUGCGUCUGUCCAAUCGUUCAAAGUCAAACUUACUUAUUUUAUGUACGAAACUUUUGCUCAAAGCGUUAUAAGUCAAUUCUUUAGCAUUAUUAUCGACUAUCCAGAUUCUAUACCAGCUAUAGAUGACUUGAAAAUCUGCAUGGAGAAGAUCGACAUGCGAGUCUACCUAACCGAGUCGUUAAGAAGUUCUUUGGAAGCUCGAAUUUUACAUCCCGGCGUCAAUACCAUGGAUAUUUUAACUGGCUACGUUGCAGCGAUUAAGGCUAUUCGUCACCUGGACAAUACCGGAGUGAUCCUGGAAAUGGUAACUGCUCCAAUAAAGGAUUACCUUCGAAAGCGCAACGACACUGUGCGUCGUGUUGUAACAGGUCUCACGGAAGAGGGCCCUACGGAUCUCUCCGAGGAAUUAGCUAAAGGAGAAACAGUCAAGGACGGCAAGGAAUCUGGCUUGGAUGAGUUCAGCAACUGGGAAAAUUGGGAACCUGAUCCGUUCGGAAUCGAUGCUAAUGUUAUGCAGUAUAAUAACUCGCGGGUCAUGAGAUCUGCUGAUAUCAUAUCAAUGGUGGUCGACAUAUACGGCAGCAAAGAGCUAUUUAUGACCGAGUACCGAAAUCUGAUGGCAGAUCGGUUGCUGGCCCAGCUAGACUUUAACUCGGAAAAGGAAAUUCGAAAUUUGGAGUUGUUGAAGAUCCGUUUUGGGGAAUCCCUUUUACACAGUUGCGAGGUUAUGUUAAAAGACGUAACCGACUCCAAACGGAUCAAUGCACACAUUCAUGGGGAUAGCAAUCGCACAGAAAAUCAAUUAUUCGACAUUUCGUCGCUUAUAGUUUCUGCUCAGUUUUGGCCAUCCUUUAAUAAGGAGAGUCUUCAGUUGCCGGAGGAGCUGGAGAACGAAUUCAAGAAGUACACCAAGGCCUAUGAGGCCUAUAAAGGCAACAGAACUCUCAACUGGCGUACUGUGACUGGCCGUGUAAAUAUUUCCAUCGAGAUCGGGGACAGAACCUUGGAUAUGGUGGUGAGCCCGACACUGGCUGUAAUCAUCUACCAUUUUCAAAAUAAAUCUGAAUGGAGUAUCGAGGAUCUAAGCACUAUUACCAAAGUUCCACCGUCGGCUUUGAGACGACGCCUGAGCUUUUGGCAAAACCAUGGCUUGAUUGCUGAAUCAACUCCUGGGAUAUUCACAUUAUUGGAGAAGGAGUCUGAGAAAUCGCAGUUUGAGGAAAUGAGUCUUACAGAAGCCGAUGAGGAGGACUUGGAAUCGGCAAUGGCAUCUGCCAGCGAUCAGAGGGAAGAGGAACUUCAAGUAUUCUGGUCCUACAUUGUUGGCAUGCUUACAAACCUGGACUCUAUGCCUAUAGAUCGCAUUCAUCAAAUGCUGAAGCUUUUUGCUUCUCAUAGUGGCGGCGUCGAGUUUACUCAAGACGAGCUAAAACAUUUCCUGCAGCGCAAAGUCCGAGAACAUAAACUAAUAUUUUCCGGUGGAGUUUAUCAAUUGGCCAAAUAAAUUUGGGAGCGUAUCGCCCUAAAAAUGCAAUUGACUGAAGAAAUCAUGAAAUAAAAGUGAUAACGCUUAUGAAAUAUACUGCUCCCCGCGGAGCAUUAACAUCUCUCAA